AUGGCAGGCGACGAAAACGUAGGAUCGCUCGAAGAACAAGCUUUGAAACGAAAAGAACGACUUCGUGCUCUGCGCGAAAAGAAGAACAAAGGCGAGGAGACAACCAGCGAUCGAGAGACGUUGCCUAAACCCGUUUUCAGGUCGUACAAACCAGAGGACGAAGGGCUUCAAGAAUCGGUUCUGCCUCCAGCAGCUCCGGAGUCCAUCGAAGAGCAGAUUAAAGACCGCACGACCGUUCAGGCCGACGACCUCGUCAAAGACAUCGAUCUUUCAUCUCUGGCCCCUCGUAAGCCAGAUUGGGAUCUCAAGAGAGACGUCGCCAAGAAACUGGAGAAGUUGGAUAAGCGUACAAAGCGUGCCAUUGCCGAGUUGAUCAGAGAACGCCUGGCUCGUGGCACGGAGACUGAUCUGGCCCAGGCUGUGAAUACCGCCAGUGGACCACAGACUGUAGACUCGGAUGAGGACUAA